UCAAAAUCUGCCCACACCUCACCUCACCUAUUAUACACACACACAUAUAUAUAUAUAUCGAUGCCAAUGGAUCCGACUAUCUUUGAGGAUGCCAGAAAUGGAAAUAGCGAUUCUUCUGAGAAUAGUUUCAACAACGUUGAUCCAAAGGCUCAAGUGACAGCCCGGAAAAACUCUCUUCUGCAUGUCUCAGUCAGUUAUGGAAACAAAAGGUCAACACAGCAAAUCCUAGAUUUACACCCCUGGCUGGUGCACGACACCAACGACAACGGCGAUAUACCCCUUCAUAUAGCGGCAAGGUUAGGGAAUCUCGACUUGGUGAAGCUAAUCACUAGCGUUCAAAAAAAAGACGGAGGAGUAGCAGCAGGAGAAUUUCCACUCCGGAGUAUGAAUAUCAAGAAAGACACGGCGUUGCACGAGGCAGUAAGAUAUGGACACAGUGAUGUGGUCAAUUUACUACUCAAGGAAGAUCCAGACUUGGUUUAUGUCUGCAACGACUCAGGAGAAUCACCUCUAUUCAUGGCUGUGGAUAAUGGGUUUUACAAAAUCGCUGGCUCCAUCUUAGAUUCCAUCUCUGAUUGCUUGUCAUCUGGUGCUAGUUGCCGAUCGGGAAGGGAUGGCUUGACUGUGAUGCAUGCAGUAGCUUGUCAAGAAUUUCAUCCACAUCCAGUUUUCCUAAAGCCGAAGUCGAAAUCUCUUUCUGUUACUUUAAUCAGAAUCUUCCUCAUGCUAUUGUUUAAGUUAAGCGGUCUGAUACCGCUGCUUGAAACCAGAUACAAUCAGAGCAUCAUCACGUACCAAGAGCUUGUGAGCAAGUUAGUAGAAAAAUGUAAUUCUCAAGUCUUAGAAGAGAAGGACAAACGAGGAAGAACAGCUCUUCACUACGCUGCAUACACUGGAAAAGCCAAAGUUGUGGAGCUAUUUUUGCAGCGCAAUAGAUCCCUUGCUUACAUUAAGGAUGACCAAGGCAUGUCUGCAAUGCACAUUGCUGCAAUGAAAGGGCAUAUUGAUGUAAUAAACGAACUGGUUAAGCAUUGUCCAGAUGUGUGUGAGCUGUUGGACAAUAACAACCAGACACCCUUGCAUGUGGCCGUUAAAAGAGGAAGGGCACACGCCGUUUGGAAUUUUCUUCGUAGAAGUGAUCACUUUGAUUGUAUUAUCGAGCCUAAUGAGCAAGACAAAGAAGGAAAUACGCCAUUGCAUGUAGCUGCUCUCAGUGGGCAUCUUGAAGUUCUAGCAAUGCUAGCAAAACACCCCAAAGUUGUAAAGAAAGCUAUCAAUCGCAAGGGGAUGACACCUAUUGACAUUACUAUGUCAAGUGAGCAGCUGCAUCCUUAUCAGAAGCGUUUGGUGCUACGUUCUUUAAAAUCCUCAGGAGAAAAGCAGAGGUUGGAAAAAAGAUUAGACAGUGAAAUUACAAGGACAAGCUUACCAUAUAAGUACUAUCCACCACCAACAACUCAAGAUCCACAACCGCAACCAUUGAUCAUUAGUCAAAAUGGCGAAGAAGACAAGGAACAACUACAUAAUAAGAAACAAGAUACUAUCAUGAAUAAUAUUUCCAAGCCUAGUAGUGAUCAUAAGAGCCUACUCAAAUUCAACUUAGUAGUGGCCACAAUCAUAGCGAGCAUCACAUUCAACACAGAUGGCAUGCCAAACUUGACAAAUAUUUCUGCUGCUUUCGGUUUCGCAGCUGCCUCGCUCUUUAUCCACCUUCUAUUCGAAACAUGUUGGACGAGAAUGGGAUUAGAGUACCCUAUAUUCACGGUACUUGCGUUAACAGAGUUCUCCAUUUUGUGUACAGUAUCGGCAUUCAUAGAUGCCGUUGUCCUUGAACAAAAGGACAAACAGACAUCUGAGCAAGAUCCAGCAAACAUCGUUGAGUUAUCUUUCGGUAUCCCAAUCCUUCUCCAUACCCUUUUUACAUCACUUGAAAUAGCCCGCUACAACUACUAUGUCAUAUCCUCCAAAAUCUACAUCAAGGAGACAUUAAGGAGAAUGAGCAAUUAUAAUAGAAUGUAGUUGAAAAGGAAAGAUGAACUUUUUAUUUAUUUGUUUUCAUAUUUAUGGUGUUUUAUAUUAGUUAUCUCGGUUAAAAGAUAUGCAUUUGCUAGAUCAUAUUUAUAUUAACUUAUUUGAUAUUUCAAUAUGUAAUCAUCAUGUAUGUGAUACUAAUUUAAAGAUAUAAAAAUUAUGCGAUAUGAAUAAAACUUUCUCCCUUUGCAUA